CCGCCCCGCUCCGCUCCUCUCCUCUCCCCUCGGCCUCCCCCCGGAGCGGCGGGGAGCGCUGCGAGGGUGACCCCCCCCCCCGGGCCUGCCGGCGGGGCCGGUCCCUUCGGCGCCGGUCCUUCCCGCCCUGCUGCCGCGGCUGGUGGCGCAACGCCCCGGGGCGCCUUGCGGUGCUGGAGCGGGGUCGGUGUGUGAGGCUGCCGGGGGGCCGGGUGCUGCACCAUGGCGACUGGCUCAGCAGAUAGCUCUGGUAACUGUGAGAAGUCGUGGAUGGAACUGAGCCGGAGUUACAGAAGCUCUGGUUUGGACUAUUCAGAAGAUACAUUUGAGCUCUGCAGUGAGGAGGAGGAAGCCUGCUGGUGGUGAGAGAGCGAACCGUCCGAAUUGUGUUGUUCCACAGAGGAUUUAAGAUGGUCUGCUGCGUGAGAUACGUUGGAAAGCAUGUUGUGGUUGUCAGGCCAAAGUCACGCAGAUGAACCGUCUGAAGUAGCAGAUUCUGCAGCUAUAGAAAGAGAUGUCGUGGGAAAAUGGAUUGGUCUAAAAAACAAAGAAGCUGGCAUUAAGCAAGAUAAAUCUGUCAUCAAAACUCAUGCUGAAAUGACUGAAUUACUAGAUGGAGAACUGGAUGCUCUCCGGUCUUUUUGCACUGUUCAGAUAAGCAAGAUGCGUCAGCAGCUGAUCUCUAAGCAGGCAAAUGGUGGCAAGUCAAGCAAGCUGCAGCAUGGAUCCACAGCAACGAAACCGGGGACAAGGGACUUGAACUGCGUUGUUCCUGAUGGGCUAAUGAACAGAAUCCGCCUGAAAAAUAUCAGAGAGGCUGUUAAACAGGUGACAGAAGCUCAAAUCCACGAAUCUUCAGUGUGCCCUGAGUGUCAGAAGAAGAAAGCAGAGCUAGCCAAGAUCACCUUUCUGAGACAAAAGAAGACUCUAAUGGAAAGCUCUUUAAUCCAAGAGAAGCUGGAAGAACAGAUUUACUCUAGAGAUGUGCUUACACUUAUAGGAGAAGCACUCAGAAGCUGUCCCAAACCUUCAGAGGAUUCCAGGAGCUUAUGGCAAAGGCUGAAAGGUAAAGGAAGGACCGAGUUUGGUGAAUGUCUGAAAUCUUCAGCUUCAUUGGAAGGAUAAAGGCCAGAAAUUAUACGUGAGCUACUGCAGUUUUGUUGUUCCAAUACGUACCCAACCCUUAGGCUAACUCAAACUUCCUUUGACUUCCUGAUGACAUUGAUUGAGUAAGAAUGGUUCACAGGGGCACGUAAACCAGCAGCAGGUGAGAAAAAUGUAUAAUACUGUUCUCAAAUGAACACAAAAAAGUCUUUACAGAGAAAAGACGACUGGCCUGAAACUAUAAACCUGCUCCCUGUGAAUUAAUGUAAAAGAUCCCUUUGCUUUCAGUAGUAGGAGAAUCUUUGGUUUCUGUCUGUGCGUGUGUCUCGUGUACUCAUCCAUCCAUACACUGUGCAUUUUAAAAUAUUGAAUUACUUCUAGAGUUUAUUUAAUCUUAAAUAUAUAUUGGCUUUUUAAUGUUUCAGGCUUGCUUGCUUUCUGCCUUCAGCUCGCUUGUGAAUUUCCCUGCUGCCUUUCAAAUUGUCUCGUCCUUUUUUAUUGCAUUACGGAAGAAUGUGCCUCCUUUCUCUAAAUUUGCAUCUUUUUGAUGUAAAAACACUUGUAUGAAGCGUGUCCAUCAUGUUGUAAACCUGAUACAUAAAUGAUUCUUUUCUCCUCCUCCAGA